GAAGCUCCCUUGGCCCUCCCCAUCUCCAGGUAUAUAAGCUGGAGAGCGCUCGGGCGUGUAUUCAGACACACUGCGAGAGAGCAGCGGAGAGCGUCGCGCUUUCCCAUUGCACAGACAGCAACUUCAAGCAACUGGCCGGAGGGCUCGGGACACUUGUCCGCCACCCACCCACCGCACCAGGGGUACUGCCUAGCAGGAGGAGAGGCGAAUAUGAAAAUCCUCGUCGCUUUUGCAGUGCUUUUCCUAAUUUCAGCGCAAGUAUUUGCAGAAGAAAUCGGAGCCAAUGAUGAUCUGAAUUACUGGUCUGACUGGUCCGAUAGUGACCAACUCAAGGAGGAGCUGCCCUUACCCUUGGAACACUUUCUGCAGAGAAUUGCCAGGAGACCCAGACCACAGCAGUUCUACGGGUUAAUGGGCAAACGAGAUGCUGGAUAUGGCCAAAUCUCUCAUAAAAGGCAUAAAACAGACUCCUUUGUUGGACUUAUGGGCAAAAGAUCUUUAAAUUCUGGGUCCUCUGAAAAGAACACAGCACAGAAUUACGAACGAAGGCGUAAAUAAGACAUUCCCAUGUAUUUAUUAAACUUCAUUUGUUUAAAUGGCCAAUGCAGUGUAAUAUAAACUAUCCACUGUAAGGAAUAAUUAUUUAUUUAAUAAUUGUUGGGUUUUUUUGAGUUGUAAAUUCAAUAAAAUGAUUAUUUUUCAUAGUGUGGCAGCGAUACAUGUUGUAUAAGUGUGUUGUAGGUCUAAAACGAAGACUCCCCAUGGAACCGAAAUCAGUGACAUUUCACAAUAAAGCACAUUAUUUGAAAUGACCUAUAAAGAUAUGUUCACCAAAUAACAAAAAAAGGAAAUAAAAUUUUGUUAAUUUAAAGCAAUCCUAUCAGCUUCACUACCGGUGCAGAACAGAACUGAUGUACAGUCUAGUGCCUCAAUUUCUUUUCAUGGUUUAAAAUGUACUGUAAUUUUCGUAUAAAAAAUAUAUUUGUAUCAUUGCAGCAUGUUUUACGUUUCGUGACUGUGUAUAUAUCUAUUUAAACAAAAGAGAUUUGAAUGUGAAUCCAAGGUCUUCAGUUCAUAGUCUGAAAUUUUAUGAUAGUAACAUUUUAAAUAAAAAAUACU